UCACCUUGGCCCACAGGUCUUUCUCAUAUUUGCUUUUCCAGGACGAUAUCCAAACACCCUUCAACUGCUUGCUGUCCAUCGAUACACUUCAGUCUUAGGCAAUGAGCGCCUCGCCAGCAGGCCCUCCCGGCUCUACCCCCAAUGGAGGCGCGCCUGUAUAUCGACGAAAGCCAAAGGCAAAUCCUUUGAUUACCCGCCCAAAGCCUGGCCAGAGAGGACCUCCUACAGCAAGACCGAGACCGAAAACUGGCACCCCUCCGGCACCACCAGCAAACGGCCCGACUACUUCCCAACCCCGAGUCAAGGAUGAACCUGACGUCAAAUUCCGAGACAUUCCUGUCUUCACGACGAAACGGGCGAUACUGAAAGGGCUACGGCAUCAUCUCAUGCGCUUGCAAGGCAAUCAGACGGUCGACCCUACGAAUCAAGAUGAAUGGACCCGACCAGUCCGGCUCCAUCGGCGAGACCUGCAGGCUAUUAUGCCUGGCGGGGAAACCAUGGAUGUGGACACCAAGGAGAUCGCGGAAGCAGAUCAGGAACGCGAGCGGAUUGAGGCGGUCAAGGCGGAAAGGAAGCGCAUCCGGGACGAGAAUCUAGCCCAGAUCGCACCAUCAACAAAGACACAAAAGCAGCAGAAUACGCGACGGAAGGCUACGGCCGUGUCGGCAUACGAACUCAACGAGACACCCGAACAGCAGAAGCGAAGUCAAUUGCGGUACGAAGAAUCCAUUCCGUGGCAUCUGGAAGACUUCGAUAACCAGCAUACGUGGCGCGGUGCCUAUGAAGGUGGUCUCGUGGAUCAAUUUAUCGUAAUGGUCCGCGAACCCGGUCCAACUCAGCAAGGGCAAUACCGAGUCAUGCCAGUCGAGAAAUUCUACAAGUUCCGUGAGGUUGGAAAGAUGAAAACAAUGACAUAUGACGAAGCGGAAGCGGAGAUGAAGAAGAAGUACAAAGGUCCCCGGUUCGUCCAAGAGGCCGAGGACCAAAUGGCUGCUUCCAAGCAACGGAGCAAGGACUCGGAGCGUGGGCGCGGUUUUGUGGUAUCCAGGCCCGAUACACAGCGUGUUACAGAGGAGGCGGGUGCUGGGAAUGAUCACGAUUUCGACUUCGACAUGAAGGCCGACUUUGAUGACGAUGAUGAAGGCGAUCUGUUUGGCGAAGAUGAAGAGACCCGGAAAGAGGCGGAAGAAGCGAUUUUCAAAGAGCAGCGCCAGGCUAACGUAUUCGGCUUGACGGAUGAGCAGGAGGUCGAGAGAGAGGAACAAAAUCGACAAAGGGCAGAGGAGCGACAGAGGGAGCUGGAGAAGAAGUUGAAAAAGUCAUUAUGGAAGAAGGAACGAAAUAACGCCUAUCUCGAAGAUGAGGAUGGCAACCCUUAUUUUGCAUCUAGCGACAGCGACGAUUCCGAAGAGGAGGAGCGCAAGCGUGCGGAAGAAGAGGCAGCUAAGAAAGCGGCUGGAGAGGACGACAAAGGCAAAGACACCGACCGACUUUCUGGAGCCAACACCGGCAGCAACACCCCCUCCGGCCGCGCCUCAAAACACGGCGAGCCCCUCACCGCCGCCGCAUCCCUCAAACGCCCCGGAUCCCCCAACCUCUCCGACGCCAGCGACAGCGAGUCCGUCCGCAAGCGCCUCAAGCAGAGCCACAUGCCCGCGCAACCACCUGUCACGAGGAUCCCGUCGCGGCCACACUCGCCCAAGCCAACCUCCCUCGCCGCGUCGCGCCAAGGGUCUUUCUCCGGUGCCGCCGCCUCUGGAAGUGACAGUGAAACGACCGACGGUGGACGCCGGAAAGUUUCGAAAAUGCAGCGUCCAUCGCGCACGGGGACGCCAAUUGGUUCCCGCGCAGCGAGCCCUGCCCCUGGUGCAGCGCGGGCGGCCAGUCCCGAGAAGCGACCAAUCCCCACCGUCGAAGACAUCCGCAACGCCAUCCCAGCAGAAGGCAUCGCGCUUAAGGGGCUCUUGGAAGUGUUCCGUGGCCGCAUUUCGAGCGAUCAGACGGGCGAGUUCAUCAAGCGCGUGAAGAGCGUGACGUCGUUCAAUUCACAGACCAAGACGUUGUUCGCAAAACGUACCUGAGCGCUUCUGGAUAACAAUGAGAAUCUUCCUCGCACGGUGAUCGGUGACAAUAUAUAGAAAUGUUGAGAGAGCUAUUGGCUAAGGAGAUACAUCGGGCUUUACCGCUUGAUGACAUCUGUUCUGCCUCAAUUCAGCCGUUCAGCUUUGAAAAAUUCUUUUACCGUGGAAAGAGGGGAGGACGACGUAAGCUUUUCUUGGGGCUUGUGAAUGCCGCGUGCCAAUUUCCGCUAAGCGACCUAUUGUUCUCCAACUCGCCUAUCAGGAUCCGACCUUUUUUAAUCCGCCAUCCCGUCCACCAGAAACAAUCGUUCGACCCAAGGCUGCUAUAGCCGGACCCCUUUCGCUCAAUGCGCUCAUAUAUGGCUGACCAACGGGAUCACAUGAAACAGCUAGGGCGUUCACUUUGUGGCUGCUAAUAGCAAUAUACUUGAUGAAGGUCUAGAUGCGGAUGGAACAUCUCGUAUUGGAGCCAUAUAAUUAUCG